AUUCAGAUCCCGGAGUCGAAGUCCCUUCAGCUGGAUCCAGUCCCAUAGGCAGGAAUUACCUGUGUACCCCUGAUGAUUUAGUCGCUGGUUGUAUGCCGAAAGCAUUUGCUGUGUUCUACACACCGAGUCUGUCGAACUCACUAAGUCUUUCGAUGUUUGGACGCUAGGAGAAAAGAAAAAAAGAAAAAGAGGUCGUACCCAUUCAGGGUCCGACUCGAAAACAGUCAACAGAUCCUCAUUAUCCGCGUGGAUGUUUCUGUGAGUUCGGCAUUGUGGACAAGAACUCCCGAGCGCUCCGUGACGUAGCGAAAAUGAGUCAUUUUACCAGAAGCGAGUCCGAAAGAGAAAGGCAGGCUGAAGGCCACAGUCGCAGAAUUCAUACGGACUUGGAGGAAGGGAGCCAGGAAGCAACGAAACCCGAGGACAGGCCCUUGGUACACAAAGUAGGAAUCCCACCUCGUGCUAGUCUUGGAAAUCAAAUCGGAGAUACUAUUAAGGAGACCUUUUUUCCAGACGACCCACUGCGUCAGUUCAAGGGCCACACCGGGAAGAGACGAUGGCUCAUGGGUUUGGCCUACAUCUUUCCCAUUCUGGAUUGGCUGCCUAAGUACAAUUGGAAAUUGUUCAAAGGCGAUUUAAUUGCUGGCUUGACUAUUGCCAGCCUCGCCAUUCCUCAAGAUCUGGGGUAUGCAAAACUGGCCAACUUGGAUCCCAUCAAUGGCCUAUAUUCUAGCUUUGUACCACCUCUCGUGUAUUCUGUUCUGGGAAGCUCCAGAGAUAUUGCAAUCGGACCCGUUGCAGUCGUGUCCAUAUUGAUUGGUCAACUGCUGAAGAGCGAGGCCGAUCCAAUUCUCGAGAAAGAAUUGUACUAUCGUCUUGCUCUCACAGCGACGUUCUUCGCGGGAGUUGUGCAGGCGGGUCUGGGAUUUUUUCGACUCGGGUUCAUUAUUGACUUUCUUUCUCACGCAGCAAUUAUUGGAUUUAUGGCUGGAGCUGCCGUAACCAUUGCUUUACAGCAAUUGAAAGGGCUUCUUGGUAUUACUCACUUUACUACCAACACUGACGUCGUGUCAGUGAUGAGGUCCGUGUGGACCCGAACGGAUGAGUGGAAUUGGCAGACAAUCUGCAUCGGAUUGUUCUUUCUCCUUGUGUUGCCGACGACCAAACGCAUCGCGAAGAUGAAGAAGAAGCUGUUCUGGAUUGCAGCUAUGGCUCCUUUGGCAUCUGUUAUCUUGUCCACCCUUUUCGUGUUUGUCACUCGUGCCGACAGGCAUGGUGUCAAAAUCGUGAGGAAUAUAAAACAAGGAAUCAAUCCAGGCAGUUUGCACGAGAUCUAUUGGACUGGAGAAAAUUUGUCGAAGGGGUUCAAAGUGGGUCUUGUAGCUGGACUCGUAGCUCUCACUGAAGCUGUUGCUAUCGGAAGGACAUUCGCGUCUCUCAAGGACUAUCAUAUCGAUGGAAACAAGGAGAUGAUUGCCAUUGGAUCUAUGAACAUUGCCGGGUCCUUCACUUCUUGCUACGUAGCAACAGGUUCCUUUUCUCGCUCAGCUGUGAACUAUCAAUCCGGCUGCAAAACAGCCAUGGCCAAUAUCGUCAUGGCAAUCGUGGUGCUAUUUACCCUUCUCUUCUUGACGCCAUUGUUUCACUACACACCAAACUGUAUCCUAUCUGCGAUUAUCAUAUCCGCCGUCGUCAGUCUGGUCGAUUUCGACGCUGCGUUCCUCGUCUGGAAAACCGACAAGGUCGACUUUUUGGUGCUUGCUGGAGCAUUCUUCGGUGUCUUUUUUGUCUCUGUUGAGAUUGGUCUACUCGUCGCGGUUAUCAUCUCUUUCGCUAAAAUUUUGCUUCAUGUUACUCGUCCACAUACGGCCGUUUUGGGCAAUAUUCCAUCAACUAGUAUUUAUCGAAAUACUCUUCAGUACCCUAACGCCACCACCGAACCCGGUAUUCUGAUUGUGCGCAUCGACGCUGCUAUUUACUUCUCCAACUCGAACUACAUCCGAGAAAGAAUCAUUCGUUACGUGAACGAAGAAGAGGACAAUAUCAAGGAGAAAGGUGGAGUUCCUCUACAAUUUAUUAUCAUCGAGAUGGCGCCCGUCAUGAGUAUCGAUACAGCUGGUAUUCAUGCUUUUGAGGAACUGUACACAGCGAUGAAGAAACGGGGUAUUCAGAUAACAAUCUCGAACCCAGUUGGAGGAGUGAUUGAAAAACUGGAAGCUGGAGGUUUCGCCGACCUUUUGGGCCAUGAAUGGUUUUUCCUCUCUGUUGGUGAGGGAGUCUCCGUGUGUCAGAUCAUAAUGAAGAGGAAUCAGCACGCUCUGGAAGAAGAAAAGGGCACGGAGAAUGUCUAGACAGAUGAUAAUAUCCCCUUCUAUUCGCCGCUCUUGUUGCAGAAGCAGCGAACAAACGGAUAUGGUACCAUUCAGUUCAGAUGUGGUUGAAAACUGUAGCAUACAACAGCUGUGUAGGGAUAUUUGUCGUCUUCAAUCUCCAGGAUGAUCAAUUUUCGUCUCUCCCAAGUUGUAUAGUGGAAGCAAAGAGCUGGCUGUUCAGUCCAAUGAUCAAUCAUUGUCUGCAGCAAAGAAAUAAGCUUUUACAUUUUCCAGUUGAGGAUUUUGUUGGUUAGAUUGGUGAUAGGGCCGUAGAAUUUAGAAACAUGAAAUGAGAGCGUUUAGGAAUAAAUUGAACAAUCCUCAUGUGGAAGAUUGAGGUGUGAGAAUGUGGCGGUAGACAGUAUAUUGGUCAAGGUGGGGAAGAUUGUGAAUCAUUAUUUUGUAAAUAUGUGUUUAUAAACACUUCACCAAA